AUGGGAUCACCUCUCUCACCAAUCAUCGUUCACAUCUUUAUGGAACAAUUCGAGCACCAAGCACUCAAGACUGCCAACAAACCUCCCUCACUCUGGCUCCGCUACGUCGACGACACCUUUGUCAUCUGGCCGCACAGCACACCUGACCUUCACCAGUUUCUUAACCACCUCAACCACCAGCACCCCAGCAUCAAGUUCACCAUGGAGACCCAAUGUGACAACUCAAUUCCUUUUCUAGACGUUCUCAUCACCAAGACACCCUCUGGAUUCCCGUCUCACCAAGUGUACCGGAAACCCACCCACACCGACCGCUACCUCAACUUCCACUCGCACCACCACCAAUCAGUCUCCGACACUCUCAUCAGACGAGCUCACCAACUUAGCGACAAGGCACACCUUCAGCAGGAACUCAAGCACGUCACCCAUGCACUCACCACGAUCAACCAAUACCCCAGAAGAAGGAUCAACACUCAACCUUCCCGUCAUCAACCCAGCACCAAUAGCACCGCAAACCCAUCCAAAACCAAGCCUAUCGCCACCAUAGUACUUCCCUACAUCGGCAAGACUUCACACCGACUACAACGUAUCCUCCACUCUGCCAACAUCCUCGUCAGACACCAAUCCUCUCGCAAGCUACACUCCAUCCUUCACUCUCACAAGGACAAGCACCCACCCAACAAGCAACCAGGCGUCUACAAGAUCCCCUGCGACUGCGGCAAAGUCUACAUCGGGGAAACCAGGCGAGACUUCGACACCAGACUCAAGGAAUACAAGACCCACCACCGACGCAGCGACUGGGACAGAUCUGCCAUCGUCAAGCACGCACAACAAGAAAAUCACCGCAUAGACUGGGACAAGAGCCACCUCAUGACCAACAUCCGUCACUGGAAUACCAGAAGGGUUCGGGAAGCCAUCGAGAUACACCAACACAACACUGUACCUCAAGACCCUGGCCUCCACAUCAACAGCAUCUGGCACCCAAUCCUACGUCACCACCCAGCUUCCAACCAAUCCACAACCAACUCCACAAGCAACCCGCCGCCCACCGUCACUCUACCAAGCAAACCUACCCAGCACAACAGUCAAAGUGCACCACCUACCCAACCAGCGACUUCGCCGACGCACACACCACCGCCACCUACACCUCGCUGUAACCUCCGCCGACCAACAUGCAGAGCGCCACCACUGAUCAAUCUACUAUGCCGCCGACAAACACACGCCGCCGCAACUCACCCUGCCGACACCACGUCCGCAUACCACCGCCCACUUGUUCCCGCCAAAACCGCUGACUCACGCACAGAGCGCCACCUACGUGCUUUCCCCCACGUCCGCACCUACUCCAAAAGUACCGCCGCACGCCGAGCGAACACUCACUCCUGA